GUCGCCAUCCCCCCCUCUGGCAGCCUUCGCCUGGGAAGGGGGAGGGGCGGAUUUCAGACGUUUACCGAGCCAGCGCCGGGCUCGGCAGGGAAAACCCUUGAGCAGGGCCGUGCUCCCGCUCUGCAGCGGGUCCUCGGCCGCGCCGGGGCUGGAACGCGCAGGGGCCGGCCCUUGGGGAUGUUCCCCACCACGUUUCUCGAGGCACCCCCAGAAAAAAGCAUCAAAACCCGCAGGAGAAGCUCCACGUAAGGGCCUUCCUCCAUUGAAAGGGAUUUCUCUUCCCCGCAGGAGGUUUUGAGGAGCCCUGAGUGAGGAACAGAGGGAGAGCCCCGGCUGCCUGCGCCUCUCCCCGCUAUGGAGCCGUGGGUGAUGCUGGACCCGCGGCAGAAGGCCCUGUACCAGGACGUGAUGCACGAGAGCUACGAAACGCUGAUGUCCCUCGCACAGGGGCUGGUGUGUGAAAAAGCAGCAGAGGAAGGAGCAGCGGAGGAGAGCUGUGAGGAGCUCAGAGCGUGUUCAUCCCGCAGCCCGGAAAGGGAGAAGACCCUUGGCUCGAACAGGCGGAAGACGAAGCGCCCGGAUAAAGCCAUGCCGCACAGUGCUGCCAGGAUGCCCAAAGCCGCGGUGGUCCCCAAACUGGACUGCGCCAAACCUCUACACAGGGGGGCCGGCAAGGGAACGGCACGGGAACGGCCGUUCAGCUGCGCUGACUGCGGCAAGAGCUUCCCGUGGGCAUCACAUUUGGAGCGGCACCGGCGGGUGCACACCGGCGAGCGGCCUUUCAGCUGCCCGGAGUGCGGCGAGACCUACAGCCAGAGCUCCCACCUCCUCCAGCAUCGCCGUACCCACGCCAGCGACCGGCCACACAAGUGCAGUGACUGCGGCAAGCGCUUCGCUGGUGCCGCUGAGCUGGCAGCACACGGCCAGGGCCAUGCCACCGAGAAACCCCACAAGUGCGGCGACUGCGGCAAGGGCUUCGUUUGGGCGUCCCACCUUGCCCGGCAUCGGCGGGUGCACACUGGCGAGAAGCCCUACCGCUGCGCCGAGUGCGGCGAAGCUUUCAGCCAAGGCUCGCACCUCGCCAAGCACCACCGCAGCCACACCGGCGAGCGGCCCCACCGCUGCCCGGCUUGUGGCAAGACCUUCUGCCAGAGCUCUGACCUGGCCCGUCACCGCCGCACGCAUCUCGGCAAGAAAGCCCUGCGCUGCGGUGACUGCGGCAAGCUUUUCCGAGCUGGGCCAGCGCUGGCGCGGCAUCAGCGGUGUCACCGGCGAGAGCAUGCCCACCGUUGCGCUGACUGUGGGAAGGGCUUCGUUUGGGCAUCCCACCUGGAGCGGCACCGGCGGGUGCAUACGGGUGAACGCCCCUUUCCCUGCGGCAGCUGCGGUGAGCGCUUCGCCCAAAAAGCUCACCUCCUCCAGCACCGCAAAACCCACUCCCCUGACCGGCCCUAUAAAUGCGGUGACUGCGGCAAGCGUUUCGGCGAGGCUUCCCCCUUCCUUGCCCAUCAGCGGGGCCAUGCUGCCCUGAAAAGCUACACUUGCAGCGAGUGCGGCAAGGGCUUCGCCUGGGCGUCCCACCUCGAGCGGCACCACCGCGUCCACACCGGCGAGAAGCCCUUUGAGUGCCCCGAGUGCGGCGAAGCCUUCAGCCAGAGCUCCCACCUCACCAAACACCGCCGGAGCCACCUCCCCAAGGCCACUUUCCCCCUCGCCCCACAACUGCUGCCCCUCUCCAGGACCCAGCUGGUGGGGGAGAAGCCCCACGGCACCACGGGGCUGGUGAAGCCCCCCGUACCCUGCAGCGGUGAGGAGCCCUGAAGGACCAAGACACCCCCCCCCCCGCCAUUGGUGCAAUGGAUGGGGAGGGAGGACCGUGCCCAAGGGAAGACUUGGCUUGGGGACAAAUCGAAGGACACCGAGUGACAUUUCAGGGGUGGAGGGUGGCACCGCGGGUGGGUGAUGGAGCUGCUCCAGCAAGGCAGCAGGGUGGGAUUUGUCCUUCCCGGUGUCUCCCAGCAGCGACGGGUGAAUGGUGCCUGCGCCCUGCUGCGAUGCGGACCCUGGAAAACGACUGUCUUGGCGGAGAGGGAGCUUCUUCCCAAGGGAAACGGCGCACUUCUCCACGGGGAGGGGACGGGGGUAACCUGGGGCUGGCUCUUACGCCGAAAUACAGCGUCGUUUGCGCCUGCUCCUCCCUGCCAGCAGGCUGGAGAAGGGGAUACACACCGAUGGAGAGGGCAAGCCGCCGAGGGCACGGUGG